AUGCCAGCCCUUCCUCCAUCGUCAACAAUACCCUCAGGGUACAAUUUCCUCUCUGUCCGCCAGAACGACGACUCGAGCAGCUCCUUCACCGCUGUGCCAAUAUCCUACAAGAGCACCGAUAACUCCCUCGCUCCCGGUGUCGUCGCCGGUAUCGUCCUCGGCUCCGUCGCUGGCUUUCUUCUCCUGCUGCGGACCUAUGAGUACAGUCACGGGCGAUACGUCGACAUAUCUGAGUUUCCGCAGCAGAAGAGAUCGAAGAACGAGGAACAGAUCGCGGAGCAGGGCAACGUCUAG